AUGGACUCGGAGACGAGUUCCAGCGCUCCCAUGCCCACCUUAUCACGGCUUGCAUUCAAAGCAGUCUGCGGACAACUCGAGAAGUCGCUCAGCAAUGAGAAGGCUUCCGCAUCAUUUGCUUGCGGGGGCACAAUCCCAGUUGAUUGCACCGUUGCUGCAAGUCUACCAAGGGAUAUCGCCGAGGAAGUCCCAGGACUCGGUGAAAGGCUGAAGUCCUCCAGACCCGUCAACAUUUUCUGGGAGCUCAAGGAUGAGCCCACCCCUCGAAAACUCACCCUUCCACUUGACAGCUCUGUCGAUAACGACUCCCCCGAUUCGCUGACCAGACUUCGUCAACUGGUCGCCGACUCAGACUUUGGCAUUGUUGAACGUGUUCAGCAAGUUCUGCUGCCUGCGAUGCAAAGCCUGACGGGAGAAUUUCUAAAAAUCAGCCGCCUGGACAUUGAACUCUACAAGUUAAAUGCCUAUUCAGGCCCAUCUGGUCUCUCCAAGAGUCACGUUGAUAUCACACGCUCGGCAAGUCAAAUCGGGUCCCUGGUUGUGUGCCUGCCGUCCCCCUUCCAGGGCGGAAACUUGGUCGUGCGUCAUGAGGGUAGGGAAGUCAACUUUUACUGGGAGCAACGAAGUGCCGAUACAAUUCAGUGGGCUGCUUUUUACAGCGACUGUGAGCAUGAGAUCAAGACGGUCAAUCAAGGUGCUCGAAUCACUCUGACCUACAAUCUCUACGCGGUUUCUGAGCUACUUGAGAAGUCGAACCGAAUUAGUGUAAUCAUCGACCCAAAGUCCCUCCCGCUAUACGAGGACUUCAAGAAUCUCCUUGAAACUCCAGCAUUCAUGAGGACAGGAGGGGUCCUUGGAGCAUUCUGCUCCCAUGCUUAUCCACAUGCGACAUCCGACGCAUCUUUUUUGCUUCCACGUGGUCUGAAGGGCGCAGACUUGGCGUUCUUUUCUGCCUUGCAUGCCUCUGGGGUCAAAGUCGACGUACUGCCCGUCAUUCUCGGGCAUGGGGCUCGGGAUCCCAAGAGGGAAUGGUCGGACUCUGGCGAAGAUGAUUGGGAAGAUCAGGAUAAAGAGGACGUCCUUUCGAAAACGGGGACCCCCGAGGAGUUGGAAGAAUCUGACCAUGACUACAACUCCGACCAAGAUGAGCUGGCGUUCAUGCCUGGAAAUGACAAUGACGACGGGUGGAACUUCGACGCACUGCCCGAUAUGCUCGGACGUGAGAAUCAGGCUAAUAAUGACGGUCUUUGGGGCUGGGGGGACCAAAACAACUGCAAUGAAUCCGACCCCGUUACCAACGCCGACAAAGAUAAUGAAGACGGCGAUAACGACGGAGACAAGGGAAGAUGCAAAAAUAAGGGAAAUCAACUCCGCAAAAACGAUGAUCCCCUCGCGUAUUUGGACCUGGGUACAACAGGUCUGCACAAGCACUGGCCAACACAAAGCUACAAGAAGCCCAUUACGUGGGUUACAGCUCCGCGGCCUGAGAACAUGCGCGCGGCGAUGGCUUACAUUACUUACGUGGAUGACGCUUCCCAAAUGCAUAUCCACUCUUAUGCUGCGAUCAUCGCUGUCAUUCCCCCGUGGACUGAGCGUCAGAAACUGUUAGCAAAGCUGAAGGAUCAGUGA